AUGCCCAAGCCCAUUUCGGCUAGGAUGGGCGUCGCUAAACCUGAGCUGAGUAUAUCGUGCAAGUGUGGCGUGGCGGUAGAUCGUGCAAGUUUGGCGUGUUGGGUUGCCGUAGAUCGUGCAAGUGUGGCGUGGCGGUAUAUCGUGCAAGUGUCGCUGAACCUGAGCGCGCUGGAGCAGACGCCGCUGCACGCGGCGAUGGAGGCGGUGCGCGAGGAGGCGGCGGCGCUGCGCGUGGUGGGGCUGGUGCCGCUACGCGCGCUCACCGCCGCCGCGCGCUUCUACGCGCGUCGCGAGGGCCUGCUGCUGCUGGAGACGCACGACCUGCUGGCGCUCGCCGUCGCGCGCCUCGGCCUCAACCAGCUCGCGCCCUUCGACCCCAAGUAG